AUGCCGCUCUGUCUCACCUUCAUCGACUUAAAGAAGGCCUUCGACUCAGUUGAGACGGAAGCGGUCGUGGAAGCCUUGGACAACCAAGGCGUCCCUACUCAGUACAUAAUGGUACUUCGAGAGUUGUACAAUAACUUCACGACAAAAAUUUCGCCAUUCUACAAGAAUGUCAUCAUUGGCGUGAAGAGGGGAGUCCGACAGUGUGAUACAAUCUCACCCAAAAUAUUCACAGCCACCUUCGAGAACGCAAUGCGAAAGUUGCAAUGCGAAAACAAUGUGAAUGUGGUCAAUCGUGCUGGAUCCUUUCCGAAAUCCUGCUUACUGGCAUUGCUGUCCUUCAUCCAAGACGUUUUCAAUCCUAUUAAGGAUCACUCUUGUAAAGAGCUUGUAAACGACGGACAGUAA